AAUAUCCGCUCCGUUCGUUUGGUGCUGUCAGUGUUAUAGUUUUUCGGGUCAAAUAGUAGGAAAAGUUUUGAUUUUCUGCUUCGAAUAAGUGCUACAGUGUUCUUUAGGAUCCGUUAAAUUGAUUUCAUGUAAAUUACAAUGCAAUGAGGUGAAAUCUGAAGAGCUAUUAGCAAUUCUUUUAAACCAUUUUAUCGCACUACUGUUCGGCUUCGUUCCGCUGCCGGAUGAGUUGUCAAACUCUAAAAGGCCUUUGUUGGAGGUUUUGUUAGUGUUGGAAGGGCUUUUGUUUUUAGAUGAUUCUGUUCGAUCUACACUAUUCGCCGGUUAAUUGUUUGUAAACAUUGCGUUGUUGGGGGUGGUACGAGGAUUUGUUUUGAAUUUACGCUAGUAUGGAUAACGACAGUGAGAACGAAAAUGAUCAGGGCAUGGAGAACGAUGACGACGAUAACGAUGCUGGUGAACUAAAUCUGGCGGGGUUUUUGUUCGGAAACGUUGACGAACACGGACGGCUGGAGAAUGAUUUCCUCGACGAGGAAGCCAAGCAGCACCUGUCGUCGCUGUCGAGGAUGGGCCUGUCGUCAUUUCUUGCUGAUGUUUUAACGGAUGGCACUGAAAAACCUGUAGCGGAGAAUAGCGAUAGUGAUGAUUCUUCUUCGAGUGAUGAUCGUCGGUACGAUGACAACGAUGAUGAUCAUGCAAACUACAAAGUUAAAGCGGAAGAUGCUGUUGAUUAUUCGGACAUUAAUGAGCUUGCAGAUGAUUUGCCCGUUGCGGUGGAAGCGGGGGCAGAUGGCAGCAGAACAGGCGAAGGCGAUGACGAUUACGAUGAUAUUGAAGCCGCAAUCCCAGCCAGUAAGGUCGACUUGAAAAGUGUGGCUGCUGGUGAAAAUAAGGUAGAAGAUAAAAGUGGUGAUGAAGAGGCAGACGAUGAAACUGAUGGUGUCGAUGAUAAAGAAUUGAUGCCACCUCCCAGUGCCCCAGUUAGUAACGCAGAAGGAAAAUCUGGUGAUGGAGAGGAGACAGCUGCAGAAAAACCGAAAGCUGAACGAAAAUUAGAUACACCUCUAGCGGCUAUGUUGCCUUCGAAGUACGCGAAUGUUGAUGUGAGGGAAUUGUUUCCGGACUUUCGUCCGGAUAAAGUUUUGCGGUUUUCCAGGCUUUUUGGGCCUGGUAAGGUAUCGAGUUUACCACAAAUCUGGAGAAGUGUUCGUCGAAGACGAAAGAAGAAACUUCAGAAGCAGAAAGUAAAGGAAGGAUCUGACUCAACAUCGGAUUCUGAUGAGCCCCGUCGUGCUCAUGGGUUCAAUCUGGUUUAUGCACCAAUUCCUACCCGGGAUCAUUGGGCAUCGGACGACGAAGACAGACUGUUGAGUCUUACUCGUGAGGAGGAGAAAGAAGAAAAACCUGAAGCAGAUAACGGAGGGGAUUCCAAGCCAAAGGUAGCCGAUUGGCGAUUUGGACCGGCUCAGGUUUGGUACGAUAUGUUAGAUGUACCGGAGACGGGAGAAAAUUUUGAUUAUGGUUUCAAAACAGCUGACAGACAAGAGGAAAUCGAUAUCAAAGGUGAACCGCUUCCUGACGAUGCAUUUUUGAUGGUUUCUCAAUUGCACUGGGAAGACGAUGUGGUGUGGGAUGGAAACGACAUCAAGCAUAAAGUGCUUCAAAAACUGAACUCGAAAAUAAAUGCUGCAGGAUGGCUUCCGUCCAGCGGUUCUCGCACCGCCGGCGCCUUCAGUCAACCAGGGAAAAGUAUGCCUUCAUCUCCGGCAAUCGGAAGUUCGAAACUUCCCAAUCCAACGCAAGGAAAAAUGAGUAAAGCUCAGAUGAUUAUCAACGCUGCCCAGAAUAAACAGAACGAGGAAAAUGAUGACACAUGGUAUAGCAUAUUUCCGGUUGAAAACGAAGAAUUGGUGUACAGUAAAUGGGAAGACGAAGUGAUUUGGGAUGCGGAAGCAGUCAAGAAAGUUCCCAAACCAAAAGUACUUACCUUGGAUCCCAACGAUGAGAACAUCAUUCUCGGUAUUCCAGAUGAUAUCGAUCCUUCGAAGAUCAUUCGAAACACAGGCCCUGCUCCGAAGGUGAAAAUUCCACAUCCGCAUGUUAAAAAAUCUAAAAUCCUUCUCGGCAAAGCAGGCGUCAUCAACGUUCUGGCAGAAGACACUCCUCCUCCGCCUCCGAAAAGUCCCGAUCGUGAUCCUUUCAACAUCUCGAACGACGUUUUCUACAUGGCCAAAUCCUCGGAAGCAACACUGAAACUGAAAGUUAGCGGUGGAAAUCUUCUGCAACAUUCUACUCCUGUUGUGGAACUCCGAGCUCCGUUCAUCCCGACCCAUAUGGGUCCUAUGAAACUUCGAAUGUUCCACCGGCCGCCUAUGAAAAAAUACUCCCAUGGUUCACUGGCUUCAAUUAAUCCGCAGCCGGUUCUUCCGUUGCUGAAACACAUUAAAAAGAAAUCCAAACAACGCGAGUUGGAACGAAUCGCCUCCGGUGGUGGUGACGUAUUCUUUAUGCGAACCCCCGAAGACUUAUCCGGUCGGGACGGUGAACUGAUCUUAGUGGAAUUUUGCGAGGAACAUCCACCUCUGAUGAACCAAGUCGGUAUGGCAACUAAAAUUAAAAAUUACUACAAACGUAAGGCAGCUAAAGACAGUGGACCACCGGAGUAUCGCUACGGUGAAACUCAUUAUGCACAUACCUCUCCAUUUCUGGGUAUUCUACAUCCUGGCCAUUGCAUUCAAGUGAUCGAAAACAACAUGUACCGAGCACCGAUUUAUCCGCACACGGUUCAGAACACAGAUUUCCUCGUGCUUCGGACACGCAACAACUACUUCGUCCGAGAAAUCGAUGCACUCUACACUGCCGGACAGGAAUGUCCACUGUACGAAGUUCCUGGACCCAACUCAAAGCGAGCGAACAAUUUCGUACGGGAUUUCCUUCAAGUUUUCAUCUAUCGACUGUUUUGGAAAAGCAAAGACAAUCCACGGAAAAUUCGAAUGGACGACAUCAAGAAAGCCUUCCCGGCACACUCGGAAAGCAGUAUCCGAAAGCGGCUGAAGCAGUGUGCCGAUUUCAAGCGAACCGGUAUGGACUCCAAUUUCUGGGUCAUCAAACCGGAGUUUCGACUUCCGUCGGAGGAGGAAAUUCGUGCCAUGGUUUCGCCGGAACAGUGCUGUGCGUAUUUCAGCAUGAUUGCUGCGGAACAGCGGUUGAAGGAUGCCGGAUACGGCGAAAAGUUUAUCUUUGCCCAACAGGAGGACGACGACGAAGAGAUGCAGCUAAAAAUGGACGACGAGGUGAAGGUCGCCCCGUGGAACACAACCCGGGCGUACAUCCAAGCGAUGCGAGGAAAGUGUAUUCUGCAGCUGAAUGGGCCCGCGGAUCCAACCGGGUGCGGUGAAGGUUUCUCCUACGUACGGAUGCCCAACAAACCUACGCAAAACAAAGAGGAAAUCGAGAGCCAACCGAAACGGACCGUCACCGGAACGGAUGCCGAUUUGCGGCGUCUAUCGUUAAACAAUGCCAAAGCCCUGCUGCGUAAGUUUCAGGUGCCGGAGGAAGAAAUCAAAAAGCUGUCCCGGUGGGAGGUUAUCGACGUGGUUCGAACGCUGUCCACCGAAAAAGCCAAGGCUGGUGAGGAAGGUAUGGAUAAAUUUUCCCGUGGUAAUAGGUUUUCCAUUGCCGAGCACCAGGAACGGUACAAGGAAGAGUGCCAACGCAUCUUUGACCUUCAGAACCGAGUGUUGGCUUCUUCGGAGGUGCUAUCGACCGACGAAGGGGAGUCCACGGCUUCCGAAGAGUCAGAUCUGGAGGAGUUGGGUAAGAAUUUGGAAAACAUGCUUGCAAAUAAGAAAACAUCGACGCAGCUUUCGUUGGAACGGGAAGAGCAAGAACGGCAGGAGCUGCUGAGGAAAAUCAUGGAAGAACAAGGUAGCUCCAAAGGUGGCAAAAAGAAAGAUGAAGACUUGAAAGAUUUGCAACAAACUCCAACUUGUAAGCAUUUUUCAGUUGAAUUUCAUUUCAUGUCAUCUGCAAUAUUCCCUUAUUUUUCAGCUAAAAUUCUUAAAAUUACCCGCACCUUCAAAAACUCCGAGGGACGCGAGUUCACCCGAGUGGAAAUCGUGCGUCGAUCUCCGGUUAUCGAUGCGUAUGUGAAAAUUCGCACCACCAAAGAUGAGGCCUUCAUUCGGCAGUUCGCUACCCUGGAUGAAGCACAGAAAGAAGAAAUGAAACGAGAGAAGCGUCGUAUUCAGGAACAGUUGCGACGUAUCAAACGAAAUCAGCAAAAAAUCGGCAUGCUGCAGCAGCAGCAUCAACAACAGACCGUUGGAACUCCCAUUAGUUUGGGGGAUCGAGAAACGCCCAGUUCCAAAUCAAGCACGAAUCCUUCGACACCGAAGGAGAGCCACUCUAAGGAGUACAGUCCCACAUCCCGCAUCAAAAAGACUAAGCUAAAGCCGGAUUUGAAACUGAAAUGUGGAGCUUGCGGUCAGGUAGGACACAUGCGAACCAACAAGGCUUGUCCUCUGUACACGGGAACGAUUCCCACACCUUCGCUGACGGUUGCGAUGACCGAGGAACAGGAGGAAGAAAUUGAAAAAGAACUAAAUGCCGACGACGAAGAUUUGGUGAACGUGGACGGUACCAAGGUAAAACUAAGCGGCAAGUUGUUGAAGCGCCAUGAGGACGUCCGAAGAAGAACAUUGCUACUGAAGGUCCCGAAAGAUGCGGUUAGUAAGAAACGAAGGCGUGUUGGUGGCGAUGUAAACUGUGACUACCUGAAGCGGCACAAUAAAACGGCCAACCGAAGGAGAACGGAUCCGGUUGUUCUCUUGUCGUCCAUCUUAGAGCAGUUGCUGAACGAACUUCGCGAUAUGCCGGACGUUACUCCGUUCAUGUUUCCCGUCAAUGCAAAGCAGGUCGCUGAUUAUCAUAAAAUCAUUCAACGCCCGAUGGAUCUGCAAACCAUCCGAGAGCGCAUUCGACAGAAGAAAUAUCAAACCAGAGACGAGUUUAUAGCUGACAUCAAUCAAAUCGUUGAAAAUUCUUCGCUGUACAACGGAGCCAAAAGCUCGCUGACGAGCGCAGCGCAACGAAUGCUGCAAAAGUGUAAGGAUCGCAUGCAGGAGAAGGAAGAACGGUUGGCCCGUUUGGAGAAGAGUAUAAACCCGCUGCUGGACGAUAACGAUCAGGUCGCGCUGUCCUACAUGCUGAGUGAAUAUGUGAACGGUCCGCUUAAGGCGAUGCCGGAAAGUUGGCCCUUCCUCAAGCCGGUAAACAAACGGUUAGUGAAGGACUAUUACACGAUCAUCAGGAAGCCAAUGGAUUUGGAAAAGGUGUCCAAGAAAGUGGCUGCUCACAAGUAUCAUUCUCGGGCGGAUUUAUUGCAAGAUAUUCAACUGAUCGCGGAUAACUGUGAGACGUACAAUGGGUCAGAAGCCAAUUUUACCAAGCAAGCAAGGCACAUGGUUGAAGUUGUUUCACAAGCACUGGAAGCGAUGGAUAACAUGUCCUUACUGGAAAAGAACAUCGCUUUGGUGCAGGAGCGAGCACGGAAUGAAGUGGAUAUCGAUUGGGAAGAUGAUGAACGAGAAAAGUACUUCCAAGGAUCUCGGGACACAUCUCCGGAGUUCGGAGAAGGUGAUGCAAGUAACUUGGAACGACCGUCGUCAUCUGCGUCGAUGAAUUCGAGUCGACCUGGCCCCAGUGGAUUGAUGAGACCGACUUUCGGUAAAAAAUCUCGUGGUCGACCCAAAAAGUUACUGCACGAUGAAGAAUAUCCGCGUGGACUGAUGUCGCACAUGAAGCGAAUGAACAUGCUGUUUAGACGAGCCCGGGGACGGCCCCGGAAGGGGAUCUAUGGCCAUGAGGACGGCAGGCAUACCGACAUCAUUGGGCUAGGUCAACCGGGUAUCGGUAUUAACAGCAUCUCCCGGGGAUUACCGCCUGGCGAAGCUGGCAUGGAAGGAAUUCCAUCGAGUGCUUCGACACCUCUUCUGGCCAGCGAUCCAUCCGCCUCAGCGUUUGAAAUGAACUGGAUGACCCAUGCGGGCUCCUCGGUUUAUGGGAACAAGCUAACAGCAAACACUGAUACUAACCAAAUGCUCCGUUUCGAGCAGUUCGAUGUCACUGGUCGGGGUAUGUCCUCUUCAGUUGGUGGCAGUUUCAUAAGGGAAGCGGGAUUUUUCGGUCGUUUGAAGCGAGAACGCGGAGGGCAAUAUUCGACCGACGACGAAGAGUUCGAGGAAGUUACCAUGAGUGACAACGAAGGUGUAUCGGUAACCCUAGACCAAUCAAAUGCACCGUCAACUUCGUCGAUGCUACCAAUGCAGGAGGAAGGUGACAGUCAACAGGCUGCCGAAGCCAUGGUGCAACUCAGUGGAACACAGUACUUCACCCAAACGGCCGAUGAAUCGGUGGAAAUCGAUCCCAACUAUGACCCAAGUGAUUUUCUUGGAAUGUCCAAUCGACAGCUGGGUACGGAUACCGUACAAGGGCAACUGGAACAGGUUGAAACCGGACAGUUUCAGUACCAACAAAGUGAUGUCAGUGCAUUUGAUCCAAGCUUUCAACAGUUCCAACCGCAGGCACAGUUUCCUCCACAGCAUAAUACUGAAGGUCAACUGCAAGAGGUGCCAAUGCAGCAGCAAGAAACCUUACCGCUUCUGCCAUCGCUGCACAAAGAUUUGGCUAUCUCGGAUAGCGAUGAUGAACAGAACAAUUUGCAGGUGGAUAUCUUCAACAAUACGAACGAGAAUGAUGAUAACGAUGAUGGCGGAGAUCUGUGGUUUUAAACAUUAUUUGCAUAUAUCGUGUUUGUAAUGCAUCUAAUAAAGCUUAGUUAUAGUUGUCA